AUGGAUAUACAUAGUGCAUUCAUCAAUGGUGACCUUACGGAAGAGGUCUAUAUGAAACAGCCUCCCAGGUAUCCCACUACAAAUCCAGACCUUGUUUGUUGGUUACACAAGUCACUUUAUGGGUUAAAACAAGUGUCUCGUCAGUGGAAUGCAAAAUUUAGCUCGGUUCUUCUUGCUUUUGGCUUUCGUCAAUCCAAAUGUGAUUAUUCUCUCUUCACUUUGCGCAAAUGUCUAGAUUUCAUUGUUCUUUUGCUUUACGUGGAUGACAUGGUGAUUGGACGAACAUGUGAAGCACUUAUUACUUCUGUUAAGCUUUAUCUUCAUGAGUGUUUCAAUAUCAAGGAUUUGGGUGCUAUGAAAUACUUUCUUGGGCUUGAAAUUUGUAGUUCUUCUUCUGGUUUAAUCCUCAAUCAACGAAAGUAUACGCUGGAUCUUUUGCAUGAUGCUGGUUUCUUGAAUGCCAAGCCUCUCACUUCCCCAACAGAAUUGAAUACUCAUAUUUCUAUACACUCGGGCACCAGUCUUGAUGAUCCUUCUUGUUAUCAUCAGUUGAUUGGUCGUCUUAUGUAUCUCACUUUGACACGUCUUAACAUCAACUACAUCGUCAAUAAUUUGAGUCAAUUUUUGCAGCAACCUUCUGAUAAACAUCUCCAGGCUGCUCACUGUGUCCUCCGCUAUGUCCUCCGCUAUUUGAAAGGUUCCCCUAGACAAGGCUUGUUCUUUCUUUUCACACAUUCUUUUGAGCUUCAUGCUUUUUGCAAUUCUGAUUGGGGGGGUUAUCUCGAUUCUCAUAGAUUUGUUAGUGGCUUUUGUAUCAUAUUAGGUGGCUCUCUUGUGUCAUGGAAGUCCAAGAAACAACACAUUGUUUCUCUUUCUUCUGCGGAGGUCGAGUAUCGUGCCAUGCCAAACACUUACAAUGAACUAGUUUGGCUCUCUACUUUACUUACGGACUUCUAUGUUCCUCAUUCCCGGCCCAUUCCUUUGCAUUGCGACAGCAAGGUUGCUAUUCACAUUGGGAACAAUCUCAUAUUUCAUGAACAUACUAAGCAUAUCGAAAUGGAUUGUCAUGUUGUUCAUGAGAAGGUUCACUUUGGUUUCCUACAACUCCUGCACAUCUCCUCAACUGAACAACCUAGUGACUUACUCACCAAACCGAUCAUUGUGAAUCAAAUUCAGUAUUUACUUUGCAAGCUGAACGUUCUUGAUGCUCACCGUUCACCUUGUGGGGGGUGUUGA